UUGUUUUCGAUAAAAAUGACCGAGGAGUUCCGAAUAACAAAAAUACAACCAAUACGGAGGAAUAGUUAAACGAGUGGGUUACACAAAAAUGCUACAAAAGGAGGACUAAAUAAACAUGUUUAUUUUCUUAAAAAUAUGAUUACCUAAAUGUGUUUCUACUAUGAAUACAGUUUGUGCAGAACCAACGGUCCGCUUCUAAACGGUAGUGAUGGCGGAGAUAGUACCGAGGGGCUAUGUGUUCGUGGUUUCUUUCAACUUCGGAGACAACGAAAGCUGCAUAGCAUCUUCUUUUAUACACGAACCAGCUAAUGUAUGGGCCUUCACCUAUGGUCCAUAUCGAGAACUGGAGCAGUCAUCGAUUCUUCUGAAUCCUGAAAGAAAAUAUGAUGGGUUCGGUUUGGAGGCGGAUAGAAAGUAUGGAAAGCUUAAAAGCAGAAACAUAUCUGAAAACUGGUGGUUCUUCAGAUCAUUUAGCAAACCUGAGUCUUCACCUGAUGGCAUUGUUGUGAGAGAUGAUAAAGGUAGACCGUUUUCAUUUGAAUCCUUGAUGGUUAUUGUACUACAAUGCAUGGGAGACAAGGUGAAUAGUGUUCUUGAUGAGAAUAAAGUAAGAAUCACUAUGGCUGACGCCCUUCUUGUCAUCACGACACCGUCUCAUUGGCAUUCGCAUGAAAAGGGGUGUGUUUACCGAGCGAUGUCUAAGACAAAUCUGAACACCUCUUAUGUACUGUUCAUCAGCAAUAUUGAGGCAUCUGCUAUAUGUUGCUACCAUGCUUUGAAAGACAAGAAACAGGAAGAACUAGGAAUAAGCCAGUUUUUUGUAUUUUGGGACGAUGGCGUCAUUGAUGUGGCCCUGAUUGACAAGAAAUUUGACGGAAGUUUUCGUCUGACUUUCCUUGAAAGCAAGAAGAUCACCACAGUGGAUGACAUUUUCAAAGAUUGGCUACAGCAGGAAACGAAAGAUACACGAUUGAAAGACAUAAUACAGGAUUCUGGCGAUGCCAUUUAUUUACGAGAUGUUCUUCAUGAAAAGCUAAAAUCUUCAUCUUAUCCAUUGCGGGUUUCAUUGAGUCCUGCCACGGUCAAUAUUUUGGAAAGUUGUGGAAAGUUUACGUUGAAACGAGACCAAAUACUGUUCAACGAAGAGGUAGUUGAGACAAUAUACAGCCAAUAUAUGCGAGAUGGGUUGCAGCUGAUCGACAGGUACCUGAAUAACACCGAGUACAAAGAUACAACGACCGUAUUUUUUGUAGGACGUGCUUCAGUUUAUCCGUUUAUCAAGAACAAAAUGAACCAAAGAGCAAAGUCUGUGAUUACAUCGACGCUUCCUGGAUUCACCUUUGCCAAAGGAUCCGUGUUGUAUGGUCAUUAUCCAUACGUAUUGGCAACUAGUGUGAUCAGAUUUGGAGAGGAAAGCCGCAGUUCUGUGUUGGAAAAUAGGUUUACCAAAAAGGUCACCGGACGUGAAUUUUUGGCUGCUGUGGCAAUUGACUUUGGUACAACAUACAGCGGAUAUGCGUAUGCAUUGAGCAAUGAUCCUUCGAAGAUUUAUGCCAACAAACCAUGGACAUCAGGUGAACGACUUUUGUCCCAGAAAUCGCCGACGUGUGUACUGGUAAACCACAAUUUGCAGUUCGAUUCGUUCGGAUACGAAGCCGAGAAGAAGUAUGCCAAGUACUUAGAGGCGGAUGGAAAUGAUGACGAUGCUGACAAAUUCUAUUUAUUUCGACGUUUCAAAAUGGAACUCCAUUUAAGAGAGAAUGUAUCUGUCACUUAG